AUGCCUGUGUUUUAUCUCUGCCACCCACUACAGGCAAAUGAGGACCAAUGGAAGUGGGGCUCACACAGCAUAGAGUACACAUCUGCCUUCAUAACUGGUGUCUACGGCAUGUGGAACGCCUACGUGAUCAGCAUCCUCUGUCUCUACGCCCCCUCGCACAAAUUCCGCUCAGCAGCCGGCCAGCAGAUGUUGGAGCAUCUGAUUGUUAGCGACGCCUCGCAAGCCGUUCUUGACGCCGAAGAGCUGGCCUCUGCAGACCCUGCUUCCCAAAGACCUUCCAAGUCGCCUCCCGGUGAAGUCAUUGAACUCUGUUCAGCAUCGGGCACCUCGGCUGGAGGCGACAGCAAACGUCUAGAUGGGUUUGCCUUCCUGAAGAAGACCGCUCAAGAGUGA